AUGCCAAGACACCAUGUUUUGAGCCUGUGUGUCCUGAACCCCAUCAACUGCAACAACUCAGGAGUAGGAGGAGGUCUUUGUUCUAAUUUCAAGUGUUAUGGGAAGUUUAUAGAGACUCAUCUGAAAACCAUUCCCAGUUGUGCAUUUUCAAAUCUGCCUAAUAUUUCCAGGAUCUACUUGUCAAUAGAUGCAACUCUGCAGCGGUUGGAGUCACAUUCCUUCUACAACUUGAGUAAAGUAACUCACAUAGAGAUUCGGAAUACUAGAAGCUUAACUUACAUAGAACCUGGUGCCCUGAAAGAGCUCCCCCUUCUGAAGUUCCUUGGCAUUUUCAACACUGGACUUAGAGUAUUCCCUGAUCUAACUAAAGUUUAUUCCACUGAUGUAUUCUUUAUACUUGAAAUUACAGACAACCCUUAUAUGACUUCAAUCCCUGCAAAUGCUUUCCAGGGACUGUGCAAUGAAACCUUGACACUGAAACUCUACAACAAUGGCUUUACUUCAGUCCAAGGACACGCUUUCAACGGGACAAAGCUGGAUGCUGUGUAAGUCGAGGGAAGUCCAGGAAACUUCUUCUCCUCUCCCAUAUUCCCACUCCCAAGAAGGACCCACCAUACAAUGGGACAGAAUUCCACUAUAGAACAUCCCCCAACCCCAAAAUGUCCAAAACUAGGGAUUGAUGUUUAAGGAACAUGGCAAAUGCCCAUUGUGGUGGACACUUACAGUGAUGCCAACUCCAAAUCCCAAAGUUCUUAUCCUGAGAAAAUGGAAAACCAUGGUGGCCCCUUGAGUUAUCAUACAGCGUGUGUGUGUGUGAAUUUUUAUUUACUGUGUACAUGAAGCAAAGGGGGGGUCUGUCAUUAAGUCCAAAGCUAUUCAGAAAAAUAAGAUUUCCAAUUUGGUUUUUUCUUUGGUUUUCAGGAGAGGUAUCAGUUUAUACUUGAUCCACUCAAAAAUAGCUGAAAAGCCAUAGCCACCUUUGCCUUCCUGCAAAAUAAUAGCUAGAACUGGGUGUGGGCAGAACGAUGAUUAUUGUAACUUGUCAGACUUUCCUAGUUCGUGUCCCCAGCACCUAUGCCAUGGCAUUCUUCAUUUCCAAGGGUUUGUGGACUGGUUCUAUCAUAUUGAUGUUUGUAACCUAAUAUCUAAUAAAUGAACAAUAGCUUUAGUAGAGUUGCCUCCCACAAUGUGGUGGCCAGCUAGUUUUGAGAGCCCUCCCUCUACAAAACAACUAGAUCAUACAUUUUUAAAAAAUGCAUUUUAUGUUAUAGCUCUA